GCGGGAUACAGUAUGGCCUAUGAGUCUGGCUACACGUGUUUACUAUUUUUAUAACAGAUUCGUAAAUCAUGAUUUUGUUAAUUAUUGCCCUGGGCUUCGUGAAAAUUAAUUUCGCUGACGGUUUGAUAUGUUAUUACUGCACUGGCGUAUCUGAAUAUGAUUCCUGCGUCCUAGACAACGGAGUUCCCAGUGGAUGUGAAAAGAAGUACUGCACCAUUAUACGUCGAGAACUUUACAGUCCACCUGGAACUUUAUUGUACUUUUUGCGUACCUGUCAAAAUACCCCACAGUAUGUGAAUGCAGAAGUCAAUGACUCUAAUUUCCGAACGUUCUAUCAUGCCUGCACAUCCGAUCUGUGUAAUUCAGGUGAAGGGAGACUGAAACCUAAUGCAAUAGCACCAAUAAAGAUGGAAAAGGGGAAAGUCCUGGUAGUUCCUGGAAAAAGAAUCUCUGCGUCAUCGGCUUUUCGAUGUUGUCCUCUGCUUUUAGGGAUCAUGGGUUCAUUGCUGGUACUUUUAAUGUUAUGA